UAAUAAUUUAAUUUCCACACAAUGACAUUGGCAGACUUACUUCAACUACAUAUAUGCUUGUACUGGACUGAAUAUGCCUUCCCAUCAUCAACACAACACAUCUUCUUGCAUGAUCAUGGCUGCCUCUCCCUCGAAUAUUGAGUACCUUUUACUUUGCUUACUAUGUUCAAUCAUGUUUAACUCUGUCAUGUGCAGUUCAAAGAUUCAUUGCAGCGAGAAGGACAUGAACACACUCCUACACUUCAAACAAGGAGUCAUAGAUCCUUCAGGCAUGCUGUCCUCAUGGUCUCCAAAAUUAGACUGUUGCCAAUGGACUGGAGUCAAGUGUGAUAAUAUCAAAGCUAGAGUCUCAGAACUUAAUCUCCCUUGUCAUACAAAUCACCAUAAACUUGUUGAUUACAUAGAGGAGGACGACAAUCACACUGCCUAACAGGUGAAUUCAGCUUGAAUUUGCUGGAACUUGAAUUUUUGAGCUACUUAAACUUGAGCAACAAUGAUUUCAAAUCUAUGCAAUAUAAUUCAACGAGUAGCAAAAAAUGUGACGACUUGUCAGGAGGUAACCCUCCCCAUAUGUGUGGAAACUCGACCAACCUCCAUUAUCUUGAUUUAUCCUAUAAUUAUGAUCUUCUUGUCGAUAAUCUCCAUUGGCUUUCACGUCUUUCCUCAUUACAAUAUCUUAGCCUUGGUGGUGUUCAUAUUCAUAGGGAAAUUGAUUGGAUUCAAUCAGUCACUAUGCUUCCUACACUUCUAGAGUUACAUUUAGAGAGUUGUCAACUUGAAAACAUUUAUCCAUCUCUUCAAUAUGCUAAUUUUACUUCACUUCAAGUUCUAAAUCUAGCUAAAAACAAUUUUGCGUCCGAGUUGCCUAGUUGGUUAUUCAAUCUUAGUCGUGACAUCUCUCAUAUUGACCUUAGCCAAAAUAAGAUGCAUAGCCAAUUACCUAAAACAUUGCCAAAUCUUAGAAGAUUAAAGUCCUUGGUUUUAUCUCAUAAUUAUCUCAAAGGACCCAUUCCAAAUUGGUUAGGACAACUUGAACAACUACAAAAACUUGAUCUUUCUCAUAACUUUUUUUCUGGUCCAAUCCCAACAAGUUUGGGAAACGUAUCAUCAUUGGUCGAGUUGAUACUCGAGUCAAAUGAAUUGAAUGGAAAUCUUCCAGACAAACUUGGGCAACUCAUCAACUUGGAGACCCUUCAAAUUGCAGAAAAUGUCUUGACUGGAAAUGUAUCUAAAAGAAAUUUACUUUCAUUUUCCAAUUUGAAGCAGUUUUCCAUGGGUUCUCCGGCCUUGGUCUUUGAUUUUGAUCCUGAAUGGGUGCCUCCAUUUCAACUUUUACGUAUUAGAUUGGACUAUAUGAGAGACAAACUUCCUGCAUGGCUAUUCACACAGACUUCUCUAAAAUAUCUAACCAUUGAAGACUCAUCUGCUUCAUUUGAACCUCUUGACAAGUUUUGGAAUUUUUCUUCUCAACUUGAAUUUAUCUCUUUGCAAAACAACACAAUCAAUGGGGACAUGUCAAAUGUGUUGUUAAACUCGAAAGUUGUUUGGCUAGUGGCCAAUAAUUUAAAAGGUGGCAUGCCUCAUAUAUCAUCAGAAGUGGUUGUUUUACAAUUGCGUAAUAACUCACUGUCAGGAUCACUUUCUCCUACAUUGUGUCACAAUAAUAUGGCAGAUAAAAGCAAUUUAGUGCAAUUGAACGUGGCUUAUAACCAUUUAUCUGGAGAACUAACAAAUUGUUGGAAUAAUUGGAAAUCAUUGGUUCUUAUUAAUUUAGGACACAACAACCUAACAGGCAAGAUUCCUAAUUCAAUCUUCUUGUCUAACCUUCGUUUUUUGCAUCUUGGAAGCAAUAAGUUCUUUGGAGAGGUACCGUUUUCUAUAAAAAACUGCAAGAAUCUUUGGAUACUCGAUCUUGGUCACAAUAAUCUUUCUGGAGUAAUACCAAGCUUGGGGCAAAGUGUUAAAGGUCUUAAAUUGGGACCUAAUCAUUUCGGUGGAAAUAUUCCAACACAGAUAUGCCAACUUCGUUCUUUAAUGGUGAUGGAUAUUUCAAGUAAUAGAUUAUCAGGACCAAUACCCAAUUGCUUACAUAACAUCACAGCCAUGCUUUCUAUUUAUGUUUCAACUCGAAGAGUCGGCUUUAUACUUCAUUUUUCAGGUUUUCACAUAAAAAUUAUCAGCAGCAUUCGGAUUCUUAUAAAAGGAAAUGAGUUAUCAUAUGUUGAUUUGAUGACUGUGAUUGAUCUCUCAAACAACAAAUUGUCUGGAAGUCUGCCUUCAGAGAUGUUUAUGUUGUCUGGAUUACAGUCCUUGAAUUUGUCCCAUAAUCAAUUCAUGGGAACCAUACCACAAGAGAUUGGUAACUUGAAACCAUUGGAGUCCAUCGAUCUCUCAAGAAAUAAUUUCUCUGGAGAAAUUCCUCAGACCAUGUCUAUCUUGCAUUAUCUCGAGGUAUUGAAUUUGUCAUUCAACAAUUUUGAGGGAAAAAUCCCAUUAGGGACCCAACUUGGUUUUACAAACCUUAGCUAUAUCGGCAAUCCUGAUCUCUGUGGAGUCCCACUUACAAAGACAUGUUCACAAGAUGAAAAUUCCAACACUACAAAGCCCAUUGGAGAAGAAGAUAAUGAUGAUAGUGAUAAAUCAGAAGUAUAUUCGUGGUUCUGCAUGGGUUUGGGAAUUGGAUUUGUCGUUGGAUUUUGGGGAGUUCUGGUGGGAGCCAUUUUCUUCAACAGGAGAUGCAGCCAUGAUUACAUCCAUUAAUUGAAAUCUAUGAAACUACAAACCGUGUGAACCACUUGAGGUAAACAUGAUUUGGUUGAAAAUAGAGAAGAUGAAGCUUCUAUAGGAUUUAAAGAGGUAAUCCCUAGACUAUGCUUUGGAUCACGUAGUAAUUUGAAUGAUGUUGCGGGGGCUUGGGCACUAUCAGAUUCUUCAGAAAAUUUGUGGGAGGAGAUUUUACAACUAAUAGGUGAUCAUUACUUGGAAUUGAGCCGGAAGUCAAAGCAAUCUGUGUAGGUAUCAGGUGAAUCACUUCAAUGUUAAAUAAACAAAUAAUUUAUCCUCAUUUACUCUAUUAUCACAAGAGAACAAAGAUGACAACACACUCAUUUUUUAUUCAUGCAUAUGGAACAACAUUGUGGUUAUGAUUAUGAAGAAGAACAACAAAUGAUCAAAGAUAUGUAGAAAUUAAACAUGUCAUUGUGAAUUUUUUUCCGUAGGAAAUGUAAGGGAAGACUAAGAUCACUACUAUAUUUUAACUCUUUAGUAACAUUUUCUUUUUUACA